AUGCAAUCAAGAUCAUCCUCGCUCGCCCGCAUUCUCCGGGGCGUGACUCCGUCACAUACCGCCAACCGCUACGCCGUCCGCGCGCUCACGACCUCUCUCUCUCACCCUACCGCUCGUCGCCAGCAACACUUAUCCAUCUCAAUCCGCCAACUACCCACCCUCGCCACCACCACCACGGUCACCCAAACCCGCUAUGCCUCCUCCUCCUCUUCAGAAUCCCGCCUGCAGAAAACCCCCCUCUACUCGCUCCACCUCGCUCACGGUGCCAAGAUGGUCCCCUUCGGCGGCUUCCACAUGCCCGUGCAGUACGCCUCGCUCAGCGUCGCCCAGUCGCACCUCUUCACGCGCUCGCACGCCUCCGUCUUUGACGUAAGCCACAUGGUGCAGCGCUUGUUUCGCGGCCCCGGCGCGGCACAGUUCCUUCAGAGUAUCACGCCCAGCGGUGUCGAGGCGCUGGCGGAGCACAGGAGUACGCUGAGUUGUUUGCUCAAGGAGGACGGGAGCGGUGGGAUUGUUGAUGAUACGAUUAUUACGAGGUUGGGUGGUGCGGGUGGGGAGAUAGGGGAGGGGUUUUAUGUCGUGACCAACGCGGCGUGUCAGGAGAAGGAUGAUGUGUAUUUGGAUCGGGAGGUGGCGAAGUGGAAUCGGGAGAUGACGGGGAAAGGCUUGGGGGUCAGGGAGGAGAGGCUGAAUGGGCGGGGCUUGGUUGCGCUCCAGGGGCCUGGGGCGGAGGGGGUGCUGGCGGGGGUGUUGGCUGAGGAGGCCGGGCUGGAUUUGAGGAAGCUGCUGUUUGGACAGUCGGCGUACGCGAGGCUCAAGUUGGGCGUAGCGCGGGUCAGCAGGCCCGUGCUGAUCAGUCGCGGGGGGUAUACCGGGGAGGAUGGGUUUGAGAUUUCGAUCCCCGGGGACGAGGCGGUUGCAGUGACGGAGGCGUUGCUCGCAGCCGGGCCGGGGAAGGUUCAACUGGCGGGCUUGGGGGCGCGGGACAGCCUGCGUCUCGAGGCGGGCAUGUGUCUGUACGGGCACGACCUCGACGAGUCAACCACGCCGGUCGAGGCCGGGCUCAGCUGGAUCAUCCCCAAGGAACGGCGCACGGCGGACGCUGGCUUUUACGGCGCCGACGUGAUUGCCAAGCAGUUGGUGGCCAAGAGCAAGGGCGGGUCCGGUGUGGCGCGCCGCCGGGUCGGGCUGAUUGUGGAGGGCGCGCCGGCGAGAGAAGGGGCCGAGAUCGUUAGCCGCGCCGAGGAGGGGAAGGAGCCGGUCAAGCUGGGCGCUGUGACGAGCGGGUGCCCCAGCCCGAGCCUGGGCAAGAACAUCGCCAUGGGCUACGUCAAGGACGGCUUCCAUAAGGCCGGGACCGAGGUGGAUGUGCUUGUUCGCGGCCGGCCGAGGAAGGCAGUCGUGGCCAAGAUGCCGUUCGUUCCCACCAAGUACUGGAAGGGAGAGACAUGA